AUGAGACCCGCAAAGCGGACGGGUGGGUUGGAGUUUGAGGAGUGUGAGAGUAUGACCGGAGGGAACGGCGACCGGUGCAGCCACCACCACACGUACAGCGAGAAGUUGAGGGAGUUAAACCCCGGGAGAAGUACCGGCCCUGGAGACGACGGAUCUCCCCUGUGUCUCCCAACCACGGUGCUCUCCGUGUCCUCUGCGACCUGGACAGAGGGGCAGAGAUCGAACGGUGACGCCGUCUCACGCUCUGCGAUGUAUGCCGAGUGCCAACCUCAUCCCACUGAGGCUGUGUGGGGCUGGCAGGUGGUUGAGGGCCAGGUGAUGAAGGACCAGCAACCUCUCUGGCGGCGGCCGGGGUAUUCUCGAAGUCAGAGGUAG